CACGAUGAUAGGAUGAAUGGGUGGUGAUAGUUGGAGACGAUGAGAGCGAGGAGUGGGUGCGCAAACACUCACGUGGUUUGGGACCUCUUGUUGCAGAGAAAAGGAAGGCUCAGCGGAAAGGAAACGAUGGGUCGACUCAGAGGAAGGGGGAGAGCCAGCAUGUUGCGGAGGCGGAGUUGGAGGUGUCGGAACCAGAAUCGUUGUACGAGAGGGAAGAUGCGGAGCAGCAGUUGGGCGCGGAAGAUGCAGUGGCGGGUCAAGACUCGAUGGAGCAGCUUCUGUGGCAAGUGGAAGCGUUGCAGGUGCGGGUGAAGAAGCAGAAGCAUUUGCUGAGGAAAGAGGCAGCUGCAAGGAAGAGCAGCGCACCCAGCGAGUCGCCGCGCGCGGCCCCCGGUGCGGGUCAGAAAGGGAAGGCGUCGGUGGCAGCGGUGGCGUCUCCGAGGGGGGUGGGGCGAGGAGGGGUGGCGUCAUGGUCGGGCGGGGGUUUGGGAAGAACGAGCUCAGGCGGUGGGCUGGUGCGGCGGAAGGCGUCAGAUUAUGACAUCAGCAACAUGGUGAUGCCGGUGAACGUGGGCGGGAUGUUUGUGGAACAAGUGCGUCACGUGGACAUCGAAACACCGAUGUGGAGGGUGGUGGACGACGCAAGUCCAGGGACGCAGCGGGCGGAAGAGUCGUCGAGCGAAGAGGAGAUCGAAGAGGAGGACUAUCGAAGUCGGCACGCGGCGAUGGAGACGGUGGAGAAGCAGCAACGGUACAUGCCGGCGCAGAGGAGAAGCGGAGGGGACAUUCAGACGGUGGGGAAAGGGAAGUUGAAGGUGGUAGGAGUCGGGAAGGGUGGUGUACAGAUGGGCGUGGAGGGGAGCAGUGCGGGGUUGGGCGUUGCGAGUGGUGCGAGCCCUGGUGCGAUGGUAAGGGAGGGAGAUAGUGUACCGAAAAGACAGAGGUCGAGUCGGAACAGUGGUCGCAGAGCGGGGGUGUCGAUAGGAAGCGUUCCAGCGGCGCCGGGCGGGUCCGUGGAGAGUAUGGUGGUGAAAUGGGAAGCUGUGAAGAGGGUGGAGCGGGAUCCGGAUACUGGCGCGGAUGGCGAAUUGUCGGGGUUGGACAGCAGGGACGUGGGAGGCGGCUGGGCUGAGGACCGCUUAGGGGUGGAUCGCAUGGACGGAUAGGACGUGGCUUGAUGCUGCCUUAGUGCGUGUUGCCUUUGAGACUACUAGUGGCGUUCUCGUUUGAGGAUUUUUUGACCAGUGCACGUUCUGUCGGAGACGGUGAUGGUCGCGGAGAUGGAUGGUCGCAUGUUUUUUCUGCUCUGUAGCUGUCUCGCAGGACAUAGUGCUGUUGGGUACAGUGGAAUAUGCUGUGGUUUCGGUGUGGCGAACGCGUUGGAUGGUGGACAGAGGGGGUGACAAUAUCUGGUUAGGUGUGGAGCGUAUUGAGAUAGUCGAGAUAGUCGAGCUGGUUUAGCAUGAUGCUAGGAACGUUCGUGCGCUUCUUCGAAGUCUUGCAGCACCGGAUUCGCUGUUGACGUUGUGUGAAGGUUGUGGCUGAGGUCGUGUAGGUGGAAAAGGUCGGAAGGCGAUGUCGGAGUGGAGGUUGGUUGAGGGGAAGUCGUGGCGGGCUUGCUAGCGUGGAAUGAGGGUGUGAAGUUUCUGCCGUGACGGGGAUUGAUGUGGUUUUUGAGGGUUCAGCAUUGUAUGAUGGAUAUGUUGCAGAGAUCAUUUCCCAACAAAGUGGGAAUUAGUGAUUGAAACGGAAGUGUAAUUAUGUGGUGAUACAAAUGGUCGGAUGUGUUAAGGGUUCGGACACCUUUUGUGGUC